UAAUUGACAGGCUGGCAUCUAUUCUAUCUUAAAAAAAAAAUAGUAAAAACAUACACAUCACAGCCGCGCGCAGAACUCGUUUAGCUUAUUCGGUUUGAUUGUUCCUUUUCCUUUUAUGUUAUGCAGCCCGGAGAAAAAGUGCCUUCUUCCCGGCGAGAUGAGGGUCUAUCUGUUCCGCAAACUCUUGACAUCUCCCACUGACUUGCAGCUGGAAGUGAGGGCGGAGGCAAUCAGCGAAGUGCUUGAUCAGGUCCUCGGUGGACGCAUCAGCACAGUCUUCAGCUGUGGCAGGAUACCAAUUAACCAUGCAGCCGAUCCGUCAGAUGUGGUCAUCCGCAUCUUGGAUGAGCUCUUCACCCGCAUCUACGAGUUGGAGACGAAUAUGGAAGUGCACGUUUCGGUGCGUUACGUCCAACUGAAAGGGGAGACGAACGACCUGGUGGUGAACCUCAAGGGUUGCAAUCGCCGGUCGACCCGAGAUCACUUUGUGGCCACGUCCCACGGGGUACACACCUAUAUCGCGAGGGUCAUGGACAAGGUGGCUGAGGGCGGCGAUUGCCCGCACCUGAUCUUCACCGUCCAUGUAAAGCAGACGAAUGGCGAUCAGUUGCGGAAAUUUUGCGGUAGACUGCAGCUGGUCCACCUGCAGCAAGUGACGGAGGAUUCGCCGUCACUCAAAUCGGACACGCCCCUGGACACGCUUAUCAAUUUGUUCCAGGUACUGGCCAACAGCCCAAAGACUCACAUACGGUAUUACAACAUUCGGCUGACAAGGCUACUCAAUCAACUAAUGGGCAACGGAAGCAGGACGGUGAUAAUCAACUACACAGAUCCACCGGAGGGAAAGGACGAUCUGGUGGCACCGGCACCCACUCCCUCGUUCAACUCCAAUACCAGUUUUCCCGCCGAAGUGUGGAGAAGAAUGUUAAGGAAGGAGCGGGCUAAAUAUCGAUGUCUGAGGAACAAGGCUUUAGGAUUAGUAGUGGACAAGGAAGAGCUAGAGCGAUUUUUGCAGAGCCUUGAGGCGGGCGAUAGCUCGGAGGAGAACAUUUUGGAUGGAGAUUUUGAUCAGAAACUUGAACAGAAAAUGCUGGAAAUUCGCUCAGAGGCAGAAAUGUCCAUUGAAAAGCUAAAGGACGUUCAGAUGGAUAUAGAUUAUUUGACGGAGAGAAACUGCCACUUGGAGCAACAACUUGACCAAAAGAACAGUCAACUAAAUAUGCAGAGCAAUCUCAUGCGAAAGUUCCAGGACAAAAUCGCCGAGUACACGGACAAGUUCCAGGAAAUGUGGGAACGGCAAAGCUUGGAUAUCCAGUAUAAUGAGCAAAGGCAGCUUCGCCAGCUGACCAAAUUGUUCGAUUCCCAAUCCCAGACAACUCAGCGAUGGUGGCACAGGAAAACAUCGCGUCUUCCGCAGAAGGAUGCAGAUGAACUCCAUUCGCAGACGAGUCCGGUGGAAGACCCUAGUGUAUAGUACUUUGCACUCGGCUCCCAGCGAAGCCCCCGCUUAAAGGUCAGCCAGUCAACCGUUUUCUUCUUCAGGUUUUUCCAGCACCAAAGCCAUCCGGCUAUCCGGACCAGUCACGAACCAUUUGGAGCCAUCUCACACAUUCCCCAGUGCAGCGCAUCUGACUGUGCCACUUUGCCAUUUAGCUGGCGCGACGGAACCAAUGGCUGUCGGCAAGUUCGUUGCCUAAGUCUUUCGUUUUGCCCGCCAGUUUUACGCUGUGAUAGGUUGCAUAAAAAAAAUUAGCACUAUCAAAUUUGCCUAGAACAUCAAAAAUUCUAUAUCCUGUAAUGCUUGACCCAUGUCAAACUGCGAUUCUCUUUAUGAAAUCAUUAAAUUAUAGGUUAAUGUAAGGUAGUCACUUAAGGGAUAAUUUUUGAUCAAUAAACAAUAUAUUAAUAUUUGUAAA